CAGCAGUCGGGGCUGAGGCACACGCCGGCUUUGCAGGCUCUCGGGGCUGAGGAUGCGCUCGGGCUUUUGUUCCUAUUGCGCCAGGCACAGGGGCAGCUCGAGUUGAGACUCCUGCCGAAGCUUCUCCCUGUUCCCCUGUGCCGCAUCCUCUGCCCAGAUGUUCAGCCAGCCAGGGUGUUAGUGUCAGCCGUCUCUGGUGCCUCUGUGUGAACUUGUUGGCAGGGCUGCUGCUGGGACCCAGGGCAGCAGCAGCAGGGAGGAGGCUGUUGAUUGAGCCGGAUUUAAAGGGGAAUUGUGCUGCAAACAAUGCUCAGCAGCAGCAUCUGGAGCAGCCCUGGGGACCCAGCUACACAUUGCUACACACACAGCCAGGCAGAAUGACAGCAGCUGCCUGGAGUGGCUGCAGGCAGCAGGCAGGAGCAUGAAAUGAACGGAUCACUGCAGUGCUCAAGAUGAACUCCACCUUGGUUGGUAACCAGAGUGGGCGGCCAUUCUGCCUCCUGGCCAUUAGCUACUUGGAGACCAUCAAUUUUUGCCUCCUGGAGGUGAUUAUAAUAGUGUUUCUCACCGUGCUGAUCAUUUCAGGCAAUAUUAUAGUGAUAUUUGUCUUUCACUGUGCACCUUUACUGAACCACCACACCACCAGCUACUUCAUCCAGACGAUGGCAUAUGCUGACCUCCUGGUGGGUGUGAGCUGUCUGGUGCCUUCUUUGUCCUUACUCCACUAUCCCAUUGUUUUGAGAGAGUCCUUGGUCUGCCAGGUCUUUGGUUAUGUGGUAUCUGUGCUCAAAAGUGUCUCCAUGGCCUCUCUGGCUUGCAUUAGCAUUGAUAGAUACAUUGCCAUCACCAAACCACUGACCUACAAUAGUCUGGUCACCCCGUGGAGACUUCGCGUCUGCAUCCUGAUCAUUUGGUUGUACUCCUGUGUAGUCUUCUUACCUGCCUUCUUUCACUGGGGAAAGCCUGGAUAUCAUGGGGAUGUGUUUCAGUGGUGUGCCGACUCCUGGUACACUGAUCGCUAUUUCACUCUCUUCAUUGUGAUGAUGCUCUAUGCCCCUGCUGCUUUCAUCGUCUGCUUCACAUACUUCAAUAUCUUCCGCAUCUGCCAGCAGCACACCAAGGAAAUCAACGAAAGGCGAGUGCGCUUCAGCUCCCAGGAUGGGGAGGCUGGGGAGGCACAGCACUGCCCCGACAAGCGCUAUGCCAUGGUUCUCUUCCGCAUCACCAGUGUCUUCUACAUCCUCUGGUUGCCCUACAUCAUCUAUUUUUUGCUGGAGAGCUCUGCUGUCUAUAGAAACCAUACUGCAUCCUUUUUGACCACUUGGCUUGCCAUUAGCAACAGUUUCUGCAACUGUGUCAUUUACAGUCUCUCCAACAGUGUGUUUCAGAAGGGGCUUAAGCGCCUCUCGGGAGUUGUUUGCACCUCUUGCGCAAGACAGAGGGUAGUUAAGGACUCCUCAACUUCUAGGAGCAAAAGACCUUCCAAUGGAUGCCAUGUCUAAGGAGCAGAUUGCUGUGACUGGGAAAUGCAGGCAGUCAUGUAAAUUGCAAAAUAAGUUAGAAACAGUUUUAAGAUGUCCAGGUUAGCAAAAAGGUUCCUGAGAAAUGCUGCUGACACAAAAAUCAGGAGCGUAUAUUAUUGUUUUCACUUUAAAAUUUCAUUGUUGUGUUAGGGUAUGUGGUGUGUGACGUCCAUAUUCAUUUUAAGAAUAAAGCUGUAUCCUGACAUUUUUUCUGGCAUAACUGAAUGUAGUGGGUGUGUGUGAGCUUCAGCAACUUUUUUUUUUUUACAGCUUUACGAGGCUGUUUCAAGAUUUAUGCGUCACAUAGAAAUUAUUUCUCUCAAGUGGAAGUGUUAUAGUGUAGGGAUUUUUUUGUGUGUAUACCAAAGCAUAUUGACUCUGUGUGUUCUUACACCGAAAUCUGGGGGGCCAAAUGGUUUGUCUUUCAGCUCUGUCUAGACAGAGCUCUAGAAUAUAGUGAAUAAUGUGAACACUUCAACAUUAACUUAAACUUGUAAUGAGCCAUGAAUGCAGCAAUGUGAUCAAAACAGUGAGACACUUUUGAAAACUGAUCUGGUCUCUGUGCCCCAUUUUACUAGUAGAAUACUUGUAUGUGAUUGGAGUACAGUAUUUGCAUUUUUCUUUUUGAGCAGCUUGGAUCAGACCAAAGUUAGCAUUUUAAUAAAACAUCUUUUAUAAGCUAAGAAAAAAUAGUUGCUGUUUUAUGACAUCAGAAUUGUGGCAGUGAUUUGAGGAUGAUGCCUAGUUGUGAAAAUUAUUCUCAAAACACUGGAGAAAAGCUACUUCUGUUUCGAAAUUACUCAAGAACAACUAAAAAAAAAUCUGACCUGUUUUUUUAUCUAAAUUCUUCUGAUAUUUUACAUACUGGAACUUAAGGGGAAAAGGAAAGAAAAUUGUAGUUUAACCAGCCAAGGGAGCUAUGUUAUAAAUUUAACUACAGCAUUUGAGUUAUGGAUAACUGAACACACAGCUAAAUCAGGCAUUUAUCUUUAAUCCCAGGAAGCCUAAAGAAGGUUCGAAUAUAGCAGGAGCUAAUUCCUUUUGGCAAGCAUCUGUCAUAAACUGGUCAAACAAAGUACACUAUCUGAGAAACCAAGUUUUCGGUGAUUACAACUUUUUAGGGCUGGUUUAGAAUGGAGGCUUUUUGUGUGCUGUAAUGUCAUCAGGAAUGCACUGUGGCCCUCAACUAAAUUCAUUCUCUUUAAAAAUGCCAUUAACUCUUUA